CAGCCACAGGGCUGAGUCACACGCCUGCCGGGCUGAGUUUAAAACUGCUGCCGCGGUGAGAGAACAAACACAGUCUGUUGGUGCUGAGAGACUCUGCUGAGCGCUUCAGGUUCUGAGCAUCAGCCCGGAGUAUUUGGGAACAGAAACUUUUGAUGAAAACUUGAAUAUGGACUACACAAGGCUGCUGCUGCUGCUGCUGCUCAGCCUCAGUGGAGCGGUUUGUGCAGUGGUGCAAUGGACAGAAUUAGAUGAAGCAAAGGCCUAUCUGAUGAAGUAUGGUUACCUGAAUGACCCCGCUGAUCCGCAGGACCCCCAAUACCUGGAGGAGGUCAUUGAAGCUCUCAGGGUUUUUCAGAGAGUGAAUGAUCUGCCACCUACUGGAGAGUUGGAUGAAGCCACUGUGGAUGUGAUGAGACAGCCUCGCUGUGGCAUGGAGGAUCCCUUCAACAAGAAACAACACAAAUACAGAGUGAUGGGUCGUUGGAGAAAAAGGAGUCUGACAUACCGUAUCUACAACUACACGCCUGACAUGAAGAAAACCGAGGUGAAGAUGGCCGUCCGCUCUGCCUUUAAGUACUGGAGUGAUGUCGCUGCUUUGAUCUUCAGAGAGAUCAGCUAUGGCAGAGCAGACAUCAAGAUCUCCUUCCAUAAGAAAGAUGGAUUCUGCCCAUUCCCGUUUGAUGGCCGUGGUCAUGUGCUGGCCCAUGCUGAGUCACCACAGUCUGGUAUUGUGCAUUUUGAUGAGGAUGAGUUCUGGACUGAGAGAUCGUAUUAUGGCACUAAUCUGCGUAUUGUGGCUGCUCAUGAGAUCGGCCACGCCCUCGGCCUGGGACACUCUCAGUUCAGAGGCGCCCUGAUGGCUCCAGUCUACUCUGGUUACCGUGCCAACUUCAGGCUUCAUACAGAUGAUGUGCAGGGGAUCCAGCUGUUAUAUGGCAAACGCAUCAGUAGCACUUUGGCCAGUCCAAUACUGCCGAACAGUCUGCUUCCCACGGAGAGCAGCCAUGACACUGAGAUCAUCCCUGACCCCUGCACUGCCGCACUGGACGCUAUCAUGUUGGGUCCAUGGAGGAAAACGUUUGCCUUCAGUGGUGACUACGUCUGGACGAUCUCUGAUCUGGGACACAACACACCGAUACAGAUCAACAGGUUGUGGAAGGCCCUGCCUGGAGACCUGAACGCUGCGGUGCACUCUCAGAGGACCAACAAGACGUACUUUUUCAAAGGUGAUAAAGUGUGGAGGUAUACCAUGUUCAUGCUGGACGACGGCUACCCCAAACAGGUGAAACGGAUCCCUCCGAACAUCAACGCAGCCCUGUACCUGGAGAAGAACAAGAAGAUGGUCUUCAUCAAGGGUUCAGAGCACUGGCAGUGGGAUGAGCUGAAGUUCACUGACCUGAGAAUCUACCCCAAACCGCUCUCCAUGCUCUUCUCCGGGGUGCCGUCAGAUCCAGAUGCAGCUCUCACCUGGACCAACGGCAAGAUCUUCUUCUUUAAGGGAGACCAGUACUGGAGAGUGAAUGACCGGCUGGGGGUCGACAGAGGAUACCCUCUGAGCAAGAGGGAGCGCUGGAUGCGGUGCUAGGGGGCGACCAUCAGGGGGCAGCGUGUAGCAAGAGGUCGGCUCCACACAACCAGAUUGUGAAUUGUCACCAACCACGUGGAAGAUCUAUUCCCCACUAAAUUACUUUUUGUUUCUCAAAUACUCAACCUGUUACCUCCAAUUAUUUAAGAAACUUUUUCCUCGAAUGUCUUCACAGUGACAUAUCAUCAAAAAGGGAAUAAAUUAUUGAUGAAUUCAACUAAGUGCAAAACUAUAUCAGAUCCAUUUACAAACUCUUUCAAAAAAAAGUCUAAUGUAUUGCGUGGAUUGCCUCAUACUUCCCAAUGUAUUUUCAACAAUGCCACGUGUUUGUGAAGUAAAAGCAGAUGUUAAUGCUGUUGUUAACAUGGCCAUGUUUUUGGAUUAGGUUUUUUCAAGGUAACACAGGGUGAGUAUUUGAUACAAAUUGUAAUUUUGUUGGUAAAGGAAACAAAAACAAAAGGGAAUUUGAGGAUUGAUUUUAUUUCACUGGACCUGAUUUAAACCAGGCUUCUCGCAACCUCUGCAGUGAUUUUUGUGAGGUUGACUUCAUGAGUACAAAUGUGUUUUUGUGCCAAUAUUAUGUAAUCUUUUGUAUGAUCUCAGGGCGAAAUCAAGGGAGGCCUUCUGUUUUUCUCUCCAACAUGUGUGUUGAAUUAUGUGUGUUAAUAUUCUUCAGUAAGAUGUAAUAUGAUGAUGGGAGUGUGCACUUUCUUUACAGACAUGUUGUGUAACCAUUCAUGCACACUUAAAAAAGUUAUUCAUCGCUCCUUAAAAACACCUCCAAUAUCUUAUGAGUCACAACCAUUUGUGAGAAAUAAUGUGACAUUUUUUUUAAAGCCAGAAUGUUACAUUUUUUACAAUUAAACAAGACACUGUCUGUUCUUAUAAUU